CAACGUGCGCCGAGCGCCGCUAUCGUUUGUCCUUGAAAACUAGUGUCCGGAAGCUUCUGUACGGAGAAGAAAAAUAAACAGUUUAGCAGUUGAAAUUUUGACUCAAAAUUUCAGGAUGGUUCAGAAAAAACGAUUGAUGAAAGACGCCAAACAACUCGGCAAUUUUCUUGAAUGCUUAAAAGUUCGUAUAAAGCGUAAGAAUUUACUGCUAACGAAAUUCAACACGCUAUUUAGUAAACAAGUUUUUCAUCACAUGUUACAAACAAGUCCCGGCUACGACUUCAAAUACAUCCACGGAUUUCUCUACAUGAACCGGAUGCUGUUCAUAGAAGUUUUGUCAUCUCCAAAAAUCGACAGCUUGUCAACCGAAGAAUUAGGACUAAAAUGUCAGAAGGAAAAUCUCAAGUUUCGGAAGUACCGAAUUCGAAAGGACGACAUGCGGUUCUGGGAGUCGGAGAUCAGAGAAAUAUUUCUUAAAAAAAUGGAGGAGCGAGGCAUCCAGGUGCCGGCAUAUUUAUCAUCUUUGAGUCCUUCCAAGAUCUUUGCUAGUAGCUAUAAUGCGGACAGGAAGAAAGUAGCAAUGUCUAAUGCAUCGACUUCCAGCAUCGAAUAUCUCAACAGUGAUGGAGUUAGCAUUGAUGAGACAAAUCUGAGCAAUACCACAAUUGAUCUGGACAUGAAAACUGAAUUUAGUGAUGGUUUUGAGAUGCACCCUCAUCAUGGCGUUGAUAAUGGAAUCGAGUUUCAUCCCAAUCUUGAUUCAGGGACCAAAACUUGUACCGUUGUUGACAUCGGGGUUCAAACUGACCCUGGCAUCUUUGUCCAGUUUAAUAAUUCUGGUAGCGGGUCCCUUCCCAACGUAAACAUCAAUUUUUCCUUCCAAUUCGAUCCGGACAGCAGCAGGGCUGGCUUGAGCAGUGGUAACUCCACGAAUUUAAGGAUCUCUUCGAACCUUGAGGAGAGAACUGGAAGCGGUGAAAUGAAAGUGGAAAUAUAACAAAAAAAACAAUUUGAAGAGUCUCUUUGUCAGGAAAAUCAGUCAAACUCGUUUGAGCAGUUUGGUUUUCUGUUC